CAGAGAGACAGAGAGCCCCGCACCUCGCAAAUGGUUGUAUUAACUAUAGGAUGGGACUUAAGUUGAACGGCAGAUACAUUUAUCUGGUCCUUGCUGUGCAGCUAGCCUACCUGCUGCAGGCAGUCCGAGCGGCGGGCAAGUGCGAUGCGGUCUUUAAGGGCUUCUCGAAUUGUGUGCUCAAGAUGGGCAAUAACAUUGCCGGCUAUCAGCAGGAACUGGACGACAAGAGAAAUCUCGAAACAAUCUGCAAGUACUGGGACGACUUCCACGCCUGCACCCUCACCGCCCUCACGGAUUGCCAGGAAGGGGUGACGGACGUCUGGGAGAAGCUGAAAGAGAAGUCCAAAAAGCUCGACUACGAGGGCAACCUCUUCGUCCUGUGCGGCAAAUCCAACGGGGCCGCCCCGUCGGCGCCGGCGGCUUCCGCCUGCCGGUUGCUGCUGCUCUUGGCGCUCUCGGCCGCCCUGGCCACCUGGCUCUCCUUCUAG